ACUAAUUGCAUUAAUUACACUUGUACCUGUUACAAUUCAUAUGACAGUAUGCACAGAGCACUGGACAUUAUUUAAAGUGCCUUUGGUGUUAAGGUGUCACCUGGAGAGGCGCGCGGGACAUUUCCAUGGCCAGAAUCAAGAAAAACAGCAAACUGGACACUUUUCUCAAGAGAAACACCAGCAGUGAUUUGUACGAGCGGAUCCGAGCCUACGAGCCGUGUGUGGUGGUCUCGGGCUCGGUGAAGAAGGUUUUCAUGCAUGUGAUCUUGAGCGAUGAGCGCAUCUACCUGAGCGAGUAUCACCCGCGCGCGCUGCGCGAGGCGCUCAGCUUCAGAGACAUCACGAGCAUUGAGCUGAUCAAUGAUUUGCCAGAUUUCCUCAGUGGACGGGAUCGAGAGCGUUCGUUACAUAUUUGUAUUGUCCAUACUGCAAAGAAUGCUGGAAAAAAGAGCAAAAGACCCAAAGGAUCGAGCCAAAACAAGCUAGAAUGCCCAUCUGUGUCCCCAUCGCAACGACAUGACUUGGGUGGCCGCCAUUCCCUGGAGGGGAUGAGUCAUGUACUGUUGUCGACACAUUCAGCUCCAUCUGAGUCCUCAGCCUGGAGAAUCUCUCCCACAUCAAUGAGUGAUGGUGGACUGGAGGAAGAGGAAGGCAGCAUCAUUAUAAAGAGACGUUCAGCUUCGUGUCCAAACCCGAAUGUAUUGGGUCUGUUUCAUACCUUGUCACAGCCCCCGUCCCCCGUUCGCUCGCCAAGCUCCAGUGUAGCUCCUGUUCAGACUGACAGGCCUGCAGUAUCCAACCGCAGGAAUUCAAUCCUGUCACGGCUGAUGCUGAGGACUCUAGCAGAGAAGGACAAAGAGGAAGAGGAGGAUGAGAAGGAGGAAGAAUUGCACCUUUAUGCUGUAUCUCCUACCUCUCGAAUAUAUCUGCACCUGCAAUGCGCAUGGAGCAGUUACAUUAUUAGAUCAACUUUGAUGCUGGACCCAGUGUUCAGAAAGAGAUGUGGCAUAUCCUCAUCUUCUCCAGGGAAACAGCAAUGUCACAAGAUGAGCUGGGAGCGGACAUGUCAUUUGUUCAGUCAGUUGAGUGGCGAGCUGCUACAGGAACACAUCAGUCUGGAGAGUCUGUAUUUACUACUCCAGGAGCUGCAAACUGCUACAUACCGCAACCCAACCAUCAAAAAACUCUUCUGGAGGUCACCUGAUCUUUAUCCUUUCCUGGUAAAAAUACUGGCUGAAAGCUCUCAGGUCACUCAAGAAGGAGUUCACACAGCCGACAGACUCCUGCUUUGCACUUUAGUAGUUCAGAUUUUGAGCCUGAUGUUCAGGGAAACAGAGAUUGAAGCGGCACGACUCAGCAUGCUAACGGCUAAACGGGGGGCUCUUACAGCAAACAUGCUGUGUGCUUUAGUGUGUGAUCCAGAGCUUCAGCUGCCAGACACCACAAAUGACUCACAAUCUUCAUAUACUAAGCUGCAGGGUCUGCAGGCGGACUAUCUGGAUGCAGCAUCUGCUCUGCUGUUUGAGGUUGUUUUGCUCUGUCAGGAAGCCAGUCGGACCCCUGCUCUAGGGCACUUCCUCGCCGUCAGCUGGGUGUUUCAAAUGCUCAAACCUCAUCCAUUCUUGCUUCCAUUUGUUGGAUAUCAGGCCCAGCAGGUUGUUCUGGUUCUCUCAGGCCCGCAGUGUCCUGUCAGUCCUUCUCAAACGGUUCUUCUGUAUCAGCGGUGCUCUGUUCUGUUAGCAUCUAUGCAGCACAGCACCUACCUGAGCAAAUACAUCACGACAGACUUCAAAGAGGAGUUCAGGUACUAUGUGAAGACUUCAGGACUUGAGCACAAGUUGCCCCAGCAUUACCCUAUCAGUCAGCCUGCACAGCGCCUUUUGUCCCAACUCCUCAGUCUGAUUCUCCAGAAACCCUGAGAUCUGCUUGAAUCUCUUAUUCCUGCAUGAACACAAAUGUGGGAAUAUGCCUUUGAAUGAAUGUGCUGCACCUUGAGAUUAAAUGCAAGUCUUGUAUUGUGUCUUACUCUGUUGAACAGAGACUGUGGGAUUCUGCUAUGUUUAUCAUAUCGCCUUUGUCUACAGUCAGGAUUAUAAUUACUGUAAUAAGUAUAAAGUUGGACAUUUUAUGGAAAAUCAACUUACAGCACACCCCAGGACAUAUAAGAUAUGGAAUUAAUUGAACUAUGUAUUACAUAUUUAAAUAAAUAAAUAGUCUGCAAUUGUCAUUAAAAAAAUCAUGAGACAUCUCCACUAUAUUAGACCACAGGUCACAGUAUUUAUUUUCAGAUUAACACGUACACCAGUGUGAGACACUGUCACUGUAAUUAAAGGCACUGGCAAAAAUGCCCUUAUUUUAUUUUUGGUGGUUUGUGUUUGCAUCCACUUUCUAUAAGUUGAUAAUUAUAUUGAUUUGCAGGAAUUUAAUGUAC